GGUCCCUGUUUGGGCAAUCAGCUGGCUCUCGCACAUAGUCGACUUUGGGAUGCGGUUGGAGGGUUCAUAUACGUCUCAGCUCAAAUGCAAGACAAACUGAGUCGCGAUCCGGAUCAACUGGAUUUGUUACGCGAAUUUCUCAAUCUACAGAAAGAAUUGAUGAUCAUGCUGUUGUCUAUGCUUGAAGGCAAUGUGGUCAACGGCCCGAUCGCGCGCCAGAUGGUAGACACUUUGGCUGAAUCUUCAGCUUAUGUUGAGGUGCAGGAGGAAAUCAGUUACAUUAUCGCCUGCGUGGACACGAAUGCCGAUGGAAAAGUGGAUUUCAAAGAAUUUACUGAGCGAUUUUACAACCCAGCCGAGGAUAUCGGUUUCAAUUUCGCACUUUUGCUAACGAACUUGUCAGAACAUGUGCCAUUUGAUCCAAGGCUUGAACGUCUCGUCGAGAAGGCACGCGGUGUUUUAGAUGUGUUUGAGCCUCAUCUAGGUCGAAUUGAAAUUACCGGAUCGAACGGGCGCAUAGAACGUGUGUAUUUCGAGAUCCGACAACAACAUAUUGACCAAUGGGAAGCACCACAAAUCAAGGAAUCGAAGCGAUCAUUCUUGCAUUCCGUGGUUGGGGAAAGUGGUGACAAGGAAAAGCUAGAAUGCUUUGUAAACUUUUGUGAGGAUACCAUUUUUGAAAUGCAGCACGCACAGGAAAUUAACGGCGAUGAGGCGGAUAUGACAUUGAGCCGGGUGGCUGCCUUUAAUCGAUUCUUGGAGAUCACACAUUUGGCAUUAGUCAGUCGUGUUUUCUCCACAAUAUUUCGGUGUGUACGUCCAUCCUAUUUGGCUUCCGGUUGGGCAACUUUGCGUCAGAUGAGCUUCACGGACAUAGUGCUUGCUUUUAUGGGCUUACAAAUCGGCAUUCUCAUAUGUUUCGGACGCUGUGUGUCUUUCACGGUUCGCUUUGUCUGGCAAAUCAUUUUGGCUAUGGCCUCUGAUCGGGAUGCGGAACGGAAAGCGAGUCGGUUAAAGGCAUUAGAUUCAUCUGGUCGGCCAGUGUCGGUCUCAAUGACGUCACAAGAACAACAGUGGUGGCUAUUAUCAGAAGAACAACAGCUCCUGCUGGAGCGAGUCGAUCCUACGGAGCUGGAAGCAAUGGAGGAAGAAUAUAUGCAACGCAAAGCAGCGGCUGCAGCUUCGUCAUCCGUCAUAUCACCUUCCCAUAUCACACCUAGUCCAACUGUGACUACACUGGACGGAUCCAGUCAUCGGAUCAGUACAACGCUCCGAACCGCGGGGGUUGUUUCUGCUCCACCACUACAAACGGCAGUGCUUGAACCGAUCAAAAUCAAACCGGCCGAACGCGAAGCUGAAGCCACCGAAGAGGAAAAGACCCCCCAGUUCAACACACGAGCAUACGUCAUUUCUGUGUUUGCCAGCAACUUCUAUCGCUUCAAGAUUAGCGCUCUGAUCCUGGCCUUCGUCAUCAACUUCUUGCUACUUUUCUUCAAAGUUCACACUGCGCAACCUGGUGAAGGUGAGGAAGGUUUAGAUGAUGUGAUGGGAGAGGCUAUCAUCAAUGCGGCUGGAGAAGCGGUACGAAUGGCAGCAGAUAUGGGCGGUACGGGCGGAGAUUCAGGGGAUUCCGAUGCACCCGAACNCCCGAACCAGAAGAGUGGAUCACGCUAUCCGAUUCAAAUGCGUACAUAG